AUGCGGGUCUUCUGCUUCAGAUUGCAUCAGCUGAAGUUCUUACCGGCAGUCUUUAGGUUUCCAAGGUAUUUCUCCGUCUCUCCUCUGAAAAUGGUGCUUGAUCUGGACUUAUACAGGGCUGAUAAAGGUGGUGACCCGGAAAAAAUCCGAGAAAAUCAGAGCAAACGCUACAAGGAUACGACACUAGUCGACCAAAUUGUUGAAGCAGAUACGAAAUGGAGAAAGUGUGAGUUAGGACUACAAUGUAGAACUUAUUUAGUUUGUCUGUUGAUGUUAAUUUACUUACCGAACCAUAUAAUUUUUCCUUUCAUCAGUGAGGUUCUCGGCGGAUAACUGGAACAAAUUAAAGAAUUUAUGCAGUAAACAGAUUGGUGAAAAAAUGAAGGUAUUAUACUUCGCUCUUUUUUCUCGAACUCAUUCUCCAAAUGGGUUGUAUAGGUUAUCCACGUGUGAAGUUUAAACUGGUCAGUCAAAUAGCAGAUAGUGAUUUCUUCCAUCUUUGACAGUUGAAAGCUUCAAUGGCCUUAUUUGAAACUUGCGUCAUCUCACUAUGAGGAUCAGUGAUUAUUUGUUGUUAGAAUUACAUUCAUCAGCUGUGGCAGCCACACAAAAUAGUUAUUGUUUUUAAUGAGUACAAUCGUACAUGAAGUAGUUUACUAAAUGCAUCUUUUCCUUUGCAGUGAGAAUGCAUUGUCUUAAUUUUUUCCGUUUUGCCUGUCUCUGAUUAUGUUCAGGUUAAUUUAAUCUUAUUCCAGAAACAUCUCCUGACAUUGCGUUUUUUGUUUCAUGUAAAAUGGUGAAUUGUAGGGUGCUAAGUAAUGGUAACAGGACUGAGUGGAGUCCAAUUCGGUCUGUAAUCAUAUGAGUGAUUAACAAAAUCAGACGACCGCGUAGCGGGAGUCCGAUUUGCUUAAUCACGAGUAUGAUUACAGACCGAAUUUUACGACACGAAGUUCUGUUACCAAUUAAUCAUAACUUUAACAAAAUUUGUGAUUUAUAGGACUCUUUUUAAAUCAAAACACAAGAAAUUCCAAGAUUUUUUCGCUAGCAAUGAAUAAAAAAAAGCCAUUUAAGCACGCGCGUGAUGGUGCGUACUGUCCAAUUACUGAGGCAUGACGCGUACUGUCCUAUUAAAUUGUCCUAUUAAGGCUGAAAUCAGGGCAGUUGAGAACCAAUCAGAUUUGAGAAUUUUGUUAUAGUUAUGAUUAAUGUGGUAAUAACUAAGUUUGAAAGGAGGUUAUUAUCCAUUUUCUAAAAACGUAUGGGUAUUUCAGUCUUUCUUUCCCAUUUCACAGAUCUUGUAGACUAUUUUUCUUCUAAUAGCUUGGACUCUCUUGUUUAAAGAUUGAACAUGUUAGUUGUUUUGGGGUGAGGGGAGGUGUUUUAGCAGACAAGUAGUUAUCAUUUUCGUUGUUUAUUAUUGUUUGCAGCGCAAAGAACCAGUUGGUGACAGUGAAGAAUUGCCUGAAAAUGUGGUCAAUGGCUUGGAGGAACUUACCCCAGAUAUAUUACAGGUACAGCCCUCAAGGUGCAUGUUGCAUGGUGCAUGUUGCAUGCUUCAUGUACACUCGCGUAAGAAACUGUCUGGACUAGCAGAAAGGGUGCUAUAAAACUGAUCCCUAGUCUCCGGAGAAAAACAUAUCUUUGGCACUUACUGCAUGUCUAGCAAUUUAAACGUAAACAGUCAUGACUGAUGCUUUACAGGAUACUGUAAAAUUCCGAAAUAAGCCCCGGGGCUCAUAUUCUUCAAAGACCCUUUUUGAGGGGCUUAUCUUUGGGGGGAAAUUACUAUUUCAAAAUCGAUUGGGCUAGCCUUAUAGUUGGAAGGAAAUUUACCGUUUUUGCUUUGUUUUACUUUGUAUUUGAGGGCAAUUUCCAAGUACAAGCCCCAGUAGGGCUUAUAAUUAUUUGGAGGGGCAAUUUAGCAGAGGGUUUUUACUAUUUCAAAAUCGAGGGUUUUUACUAUUUCAAAAUCGAUUGGGCUAGCCUUAUAGUUGGAAGGAAAUUUACCGUUUUUGCUUUGUUUUACUUUGUAUUUGAGGGCAAUUUCCAAGUACAAGCCCCAGUAGGGCUUAUAAUUAUUUGGAGGGGCAAUUUAGCAGAGGGUUUUUUUUGUGUGUUAUGAGUUUGGGGGCUUACAUUUGGAGGGGCUAAUUUUCGGAAUCUUAUGGUAGAUUCUGUCCUCUCAAAUUCCAUUGGUAACCUUGAGUUUUUAUACUAAUAUUUGGCAAAUUGUCAGGCUUGAGGUUCUUAAUCUGUGUUGUUUUUUUUAUACACAACAGAACCCCAAACCCCAUAACUCGAACUAGGUCCAAUAUCCCUUGGAUUUCAGCCCGCUUUUCAGACAUUUUUUCUUGGUUAACUUGAACUUGGAUAAGUCAAAUUCCCCACCAACUUGAAUGAAAUUUUCUUUCCUUUCCCUUUCAGUAGUCAACACUACAGCAAUUUGAUUAUAAUUGGUGAAGCUAACAGAUCACAUUUUAUCACUAAAAGUGGUUAAUCAUUUUACCGUUUCUCAUGAAAUAAGUUAUAUUCGCUCUGCCCUAUACACUGAUGUGCUGAAAAAGUCAGUAACUAUCAAUUAUUUUUACAUGGCAAAUUGAAGUUUGGAAUCAAACCCAAUAACUCUGUAUCUUUGUGCUUGAUAAAAAGCUAGUCUGAAAUGUCAGUUGUCUCCUCCCCCUAACCUGUCGAGGGCGCGAGGAAGAGAGACGUUUGAAUUCCGGGCAUUACAAUGUUAUCUUGUGAACGGUAUUUUCUGAUUGGUCAUUACAUUUCCGAAAUAGAAAACCUUUUAAUUAUUGGCUGAACCCGCUAAGAAAAAACUCAGGUUUGAAAUAGUAUUAACAGACUCAACAUGACUCAUAAUAAAUUGCUCAUGAAAGUGUGAAAUGUGACCUUAGAAUUAGCCUCUCUUGACUAAGUAAAGACUUAACCAUAGUAGCAACUGACGAGGAACACUUUCAUUCCAAUGCACUCCCAGUACAGUCAUAGAGACUAUUAAGCUAAAACAAAAGUAAUUGCCAACAGAGGAACUGUAGGACAUUGCUCUCCAGUCCAAAGACUCAGCUGAAAGACUCGCUUCUCUCUUGACAGGCUCCCAGCACAAUUCUCCUUAGUUAGUGUAGCUCCAGUUCAUUUAGCUACAAUUAAGAUCUGAGGUUCACUUACCCGUAAGAAUUCAACUUAAGAGCUUAGUCUAGCGUCAGAACACUGUAGCAGAAUAUCAUCAUCACAUUUAUGAAAAAAAAAACUACAUGCUUUUAGCUUUUCAGGUACUUUGGGGAAAACCAACUAAACUAAAAUCUUUAUUGAAAGGGUAUGUAGUUGCAAUAAAAAGCUUAAGACUUUAACAGAGGUUAAAGAAAAUCAGUACUAAACUACAUCUGUGAUCAAAUCCUGUCAGAACCCCAGGAAAUAUAUGCAUGAAACUGUGAGACCAGCUUUAUAACCUCUAAAUGUUAGACUCAAAGCAGCAAAAGUAAGAUUUGUUCAGUUAGAGUUAGGAAUACUCCGUGUACUGUAUAACCUAAGUGAAAGAAAGAAAAAGGGAAAACCUCUGAAGUUCAAGCAAAGUCUAAGGUCACAUUUGUAACUAUCACAAGCUUAUGAGUCAUGUUUAUCCUGUAAACACUUCAUUUUAAACGUGAAAAGUUAAACGCCUCUUUUCAUUUAUUCUGGAGGCAAGCAUUAUAAUGCUUGGAAGUCAGGCAUUCCCCCCCCUCCCCCACGCCCCUCAUGGGUUAGUGGGGGGAGACAACUUACAUUUCAGACUAAUAAAAACUCCAAAAUUCUGCAAAUUUCAAAAUUCGCUUCAAUAUUCCAAAAACGUAACAAAAAACAACAAAAUUUUAUUGUUCUAAUUUACAUAAAUGAUACCCUGAUGAGGGGGGGGAGAGGGGGACUGUGCACAGCUCCCCCAAAAUAACUAUAAGGAUAUGUGCUGCUCAAGGGGAUCUUGAUUUAGGAUCAUCUUCUGAUUUAGCUAUUUUAGUUGAUUAGUAGCCUUGUAACUGAAAAACCCUUUUAGGGAGUUGCAAUAAAGUAUGUAUGUAUGUAUGUAUGUAUGUAUUGAACACUUUUCCUAGAUAAGGAUAUACAAAACUUUUAGAAGAGGAAUUGCUGAGAACAGGUUAAAAUUGGCCUUUUUUACUUCAGUGGAUUCUAAAGGUCAUGACUGUAGGUUGGAACUGAUCGACCUCUUUUGUUCGUUUUGAUGAUUGAUGGAAGGAAAAAAAGUAACCUUUUACUAUAAACAACAAAAUCAAGGCUUCAUGACCAGCAGUUCAAUUUCCAAGCAUUUUAAGUUACAACCUCAGAUUACAUGGUCUAGUGAUAAAUUAUGCUUUCUUGGAAACUUUUUUUUUUUUAAAUUUGUGCUUUGAGCAACUUGUAGGUCUCCUAAAACCUGCUAAUUGGCUCAGACAACAUUCCGAGAAGGUAUUGUUAGUUUCCUGUAAUCCAAUUGGUUAGUUUUGUUUACGUGGCCCUGGUUACAAUGAUAAUAUUGUCACCUUGAAACAACCAAAUAUUGAAUGAAUUCUUAUCAAACAGGCUCUGACUGUGACUCAAAUCAAACAUAUCCGAACAUUGAUUGAUGGAAAUAUAGCAAAGUGUAAUGAGGAAGUCAUACAAGUGGAACAGCUUAGAAAUGAGAGGCUAUUUGAGGUUGGAAACCUUCUUCAUGAGUCUGUUCCUGUCAGCAAUGAUGAGGUAUUUUAGGGCUAUGCUAGGAAAUGUAUAAUAAUUAUUGUGCAUUAAUUUUGUUUGUUUGGAAAGGAGGAAACAGUGUCACCUUGUGUCCUUAAAUAAACUUGCAACCUGGGCUAAAUAAUGAAAGUAUUAAGAUAGAGCAAUCUUUGUGCAAAUACUUUGUUCAAAUUUGCUUGGAUUGAUUUUACAGUGUUUUAUUUAAGGUAGAAUUAGCAUGAUUUGUCAUUCAAUUCAAUCCAAUUUGUCAUUGGGUUAAAACUUGAAGAGUUUGAGGUUUGUUACUAAUAGAGCAAGUAGGUUUUAUGUGGCAUGGCCAAAGUGGUUGUUGCGGGAGAUUGCUCAAGUUGCAUGCAUUGUUUGUGCUCAACUCUUAGCAGAUGACUGCAGAUCUUUUUAUGUAAAUCCUUGCUUCUACCUUGCUGCACUCAGUCCCAAUCUAUAUGGAUCAACCUUUGCUUUAUGCAUGUUAAUAAUAAAUUACGUGCAGUUUGCUCACUAGUUUCCUUUGCAGCCGCUCAGGCCAGAGUCACACAAUGCUCCCUGGUGCCACGUACCUGCUUCCUUUCCCAGAAUAGAGCCAAUCAAACUGCAGCUUUCAUUUUCUUAUGAAUGCUCACAGGAGAAAUGCCCUCCAAUCACUUUGAUCCUUUUGUUUGACCAGAUGGCGGUGUCUUUAGAAGAUCUUUACUCUUUUGUCAUGGAAAUUUGGUAAUUUACAGGCUUUUAAUUCACAUCAGAAAUUAGCAAUUGCAGAGUUAAUUGAAAGAAAAAAAAUGACAUUUUCGUUAAUUUUACUGACUGGCUUUGAAAAAUUGCUAAUUUGCAAGCAUUGCUGCAAGUCAUUGACCACACAUCAUAUCGUAUACUGCAAACAACACUUGAAGCUGUUCCUAAAGUCAAAACAUGGCAGGAAAUCUUUACAUCCACGGAUAAAAUAACUACACUUAUGUAGGUAUUCUGUUCCAGGCAUUUCGGAGAAAACCUAAGAAACUGACAACUACACAUCAUAUCGUAUCCUGCAAACAACACUUCAAGCUGGACCUAGUGUCAAAACAUGGCAGGAAAUCACUACAUUCACAGACAAAAAAACUACAUGUAUGUAGAUUUUCUGAUCCAAGCAUUUCGGAGAAAACCUAAGAAACUAAAAUCUUUAAUGAAAGGCUAUUUCGCCACAAGAAAACUAAAAGCUCAAGGCUUUAAGGAGGUCAAAGAAAAUUAGUGCUAAACUGCAACUGAGAUCAAAUCAUGUCAGAAAAAAUCCACAGAAACGAAAACCACAGGAAUGAAACUGAUCAGCUUCAUGACCUCCAUUAAAAUGUCGGCGAGACUCAGAGCAACCAAGGUUAGAUUUUCUCAGUCAAAUUUUUAUCAUAAAUCUCCAUGCACUGCAUCACCCACAUGCUGGAAAGAAAACAAUAAGAGUAGGAAAAAUCUCUGUUAUUUUAGCAAGCCAUCCAAGGUCACGUUUUACACUAUCUUGAGCUUAAGAGUCAUGUUUAGCCUGUCAACAUGCAACUAAACGAGGCACUCAUUGGUCUGAGUAGACUAAACCGCAAAAACAGUGGGAAAGGAAAGUACAUCAGUUUGAAGCAGCCAUGUGGGGGCGGGGAGCAUUGCAUGACUCUGGCCUGAGCAGCUGGGAAGGAGACUGUUUGCUCAGAAGUUACCUCAGAAAUCUUAUGACAAAACUUGAGCUUGUUGCCCAUCUAGAAUAGCUCCGCUAAUUGUGGGUAACAUAGACCUAACUCAUUUGACAAUUGAAUAAACUGUUGCUGUUGCUGUUGAUAAUAGAGGAUAGAAAAUGGGAUGAUUGUUGGCAGAUCAGUAGCCUGACUGCAUGCAGGGUAAUCUUUAAUGUGCCAUUUCUUACUCCUUUGGUGGGGCUACCACUAGGCUAAAUCCUGGUAAGAAUACUGGUUGUGACUAGCUAGAUCAUAUCACAGUACAGAAUAAAAAGAAAGUUCUUUAUUUGUACUCAUCAGCAUUAGGCAUCAUUGUUAGGAUAGUACUGACAUUUUCAUGUUUUCUUAUGUAAUGUUCUCAUGACUCUCAUAAUAUGACAUUUUUGCUACAGGAGGAUAACAGAGUAGAGAGAACUUGGGGUGACAGUUCAGUGAGAAAGAAGUAUUCACAUGUUGAUCUGGCUUACAUGGUGGAUGGAGUUGAUACAGAGCGUGGUGCCAGUGUAGCUGGUAGCAGAGGAUACUUUCUCAAAGUAAGUUUUACAAUCAUUAUUCUUUUGCCAUGAAACUUAAUGUAAAAAAAAGAACAACAUUUUGACCAUCCAAUGGUCAUUUUCAAGUUCAGAAGUAAAAGUUUAGCUUGUGCAAUUGUGAAAGGGCUUAUGAGAUACUGACUAAAGAACUCUGAAAUAUUUACAUAGAAGCAAUGCAAGAAAAUUACAGCGUGAAUGAUAAUGGAAUGCUAAAACGAUGAAAGAUAUAUAAAAGUGAAAUAAUUAAAUAAUAAUUAAUAAUAAUAAAAUUAUAUUUAAAUUUAAUUAUUGUUAAAUAUAAUUAUCAUUAAAUAUUUAAUAAUUUAAAUUUCCCUUCUAAAUAUCUUUUAUCGUUUUUAUCAUUUUAGAGCACUGGAAUAUUACUGAUAAAGUCCAGGGUUCAGGGUUGACAUUUUCUCUGAUUAGAACACUGAUAGUUUUUCACAUUUGUCCUUUGCUGUGAUUCUUUUAAAUUGGUGAUUUUAUCAAAAGCAAAUAUUUGUUGUUUCUGUGAUAGUGAUAAAAAAUUGCCAGCACAAACACACAUGCCUCAUACCAGUUUGUAUCUUGGCAACUUAGUUGAGGGAAUCAUAUUCUUCAGGAUCAGAGGGUUUGAUUCACAGACUCAUCAUGUCCAAUUAUUGUCUUCUUACACUACAACUGGUUAAAUAAUCAUUUAGUUGUGGCUUUUCAAAUAAAGGAUAUGGUGGUACAUUUUAAAGGUUUGAUUCAUAUUAUAGACUGUGAAUGAAAUCCUGAAGUUUUCAAAGGAAGCUGAUGUGAGCAGCACUUGUCUAUGAUCUGUUUGUGCUGUAGCUUGGGAACAAAAUUCUUUAGUGUUGUUACUGGCUUUGUGGAACCUCUGUGUUACAGGGUUCGUACAGGUCAUGGAAAGCCUGGAAAGUCAUGAAAUUUAAGAAUUGGAUUUUCAAGGCAUUGAAAGUCAUGGAAUGUAAUUGUCGGUCCUUGAAAGUCAUGCAGAUGGCAAAGCAAGGAUAAUGCAAUAUAAAGAGGAGUAGUUAAACAGCAUGAACAGCACACAUUUUGGUGGAUAGCAGAGUUUGUUUCUGUUGAACUGUUCAAGGUAAAAAAUAUAUGCUAAAACAAGUAAGGUUUUGAAAAUUUUCAAAAAUGACAUUCAAACGUAAGGUGGUGGAAAACUAAAAAUGUCAUGGAAAAAGUCAUGGAAAGCCAUGAAAUUUGAAGAACUUAAAAGAGUAAGAACCCUGUGUUACGUCAACACAAAAUAAUCAGUGUUAAUGAUUUUUACUUUAGGGGCCACUUGUCUUCCUUGAACAUGCUCUGAUCCAGUUGGCAACACGCAUGUUGCACAAGAAAGGAUUUGUUCCUCUUUAUACGCCAUUUUUCAUGAGGAAGGAAGCCAUGCAAGAAGUUGCUCAGCUUAGUCAAUUUGAUGAGGAGUUGUACAAGGUCUGUAUCAGAUAACUAGAGUAACCAUUGUGUAGUUCCAGCAAAUAUCCAGACCCCCACCACGGAGGGAAUUUCACUUAGGACCCCCCCCACCUCCCUGGAUUUUCCAUUUUUGCAGGGAACUGAUGACCCCCCACCCCUUCGGAAUUUCCACAAGUGUGACAAAGACCCCCCAACCCCUCUGGAAAAGUUCAUUUUCACAAAGAGAGACUAUUAAAGUAGAAGAAUGAGGCAACUUAUGGUUAGUACCCAACGGUUUCCAUCAGAAGCUUGUAUGCUUCUGUUUCCAUUUAUUUGAGUGAUGUCGCAACAUCAAAACACACUACACCACCACAAAGUAACCUGAUCUUUAAUUUUUGCUCAUCUCUUACAUUAAAUGAAACAGAGAAAGUUAAUAAGUCGGUUAUAUUUGUGAAUUUACCUUAAUCAGGGCAAGCUUACGAUUUGUUAUUCGUCUAAUGGGCGUAAUGUUGAUAGAAUUGACGCCAUUUCGCAUGGGAAAUGCAGAACAAGUCAAACAAACGACAACAAAAUUAAUGCAAAACAAAGGGGAGAAUAAAAUCUCUGAAUUCUGAAAUGAUAACAAUGAAUACCCCCUGCAUUUUGAAGGUAAUUGAAGGGAAACCAAGUUCAAUUUACUGUUUUUCGAUCGACUGAUGCGACGUGAUGCGCGAUGGCCGUAUAAAUGUUUGGUGAAAUCGACACCAUUUCAGCGAGAAUUCGAUCAAGAACAUGCCACACGUUCAACCACAAAAUUAAGGGAAAAUGAAAAGGAGAAUAAAAACUCUUCAUUCUAAAGUGGUUACAAUGUACAGCUUGUGCUUCGUGAUGCAAAAAUUGCAACUCUUCUGAUCUAUCGAUCGACUGACGCAACGUGAUGUGUUGCGUGAUGUGUUGCACGCGUUGAUGUUUUGAGGAAGACUGGUAACCAGUAAUGGCGGCCGAAUAUACGAGCAUGCGAUAAAACGAGUUGUAGUCGGUCUAAUUCCUUUGAAAUUAGAUCCAAAACGCUUUUGGAAGAAAGGAAACCUGGUUAAGAUCAAAAGGAACAAUCUUAAGUGAUAUAUUUCAAGUUAUUUAUGUCCUAAAAUGAUCUACCAGGUCGGUAAGAAGCAAUGUUCGAACUCAGGUCGAAAACGAAAUGAUAUUGCCCCCCUGGAAAGUGAUUUUAUGGUCCAACCCCCCUCCCUUUUGGAAUUUCCUGGGCCUCUGACCCCCCCACGCCCUUGGAAUUUCCAAUUCCCUCCGUGGUGGGGGUCUGGAUAUUUCCUGGAACCACACAUUUUGUUUUUGUAGCUAGAGUCUGGCAUGUAGGAAUGUAUGCACUGUCCCCGCUACUUUCAAAUUUUUGGGAAAAAAAUUAGGUGUAUUCACUUAAGAUGCAGUCAACACACUAUGAAUAAAAAUACUGCAUUAACCUGCACAGCUGGUCUAGAAAACUGCAGUGUGGGUUUGAGACAGGCAAACAACACAGACAUGUUUUGCACUUUUGAAUGGUAUGCAUGUAUCAGGGGCACCCAACGAGGAUAUAGUUCAAAACCACUUAACAUAGCAUUGUUGAACGUAUUUUAGUACUCAAACGGUAGAUAUAGGCAUAUUUUUAUCCCCUAAAAACUUUUCAUCUGUUCGGAUUUCCUAGCUGAAAGUCUAGUGAUCCGAAAAUUAUAGGGAUAAAAACUUACCUUCUCGAAAAUUUUAGCCAGGAAAAGGCUCUCAAAAGUUCUAGGUGGCCUUUUUUGGGGUCAAAAUCCGUUAAAAAUGGGUAAUUAUACCAUUUUGUAGAUGUUCGAAAAUCCUAGGAGAGGCAGGCAAGCAAGAAAUUUUACAACAAAUGCUCCGAAAAUUUUAGAUCUCAAAUUGUCUUCCGAACAGAUAUUUUCCCGAAAAUUGCCGUUGGGUGCCCCUGAUGUAUGUUUUUUGUUUUUUUCUUGAAAAACACACUCAUGUGUCCUAGCAGAUAUAUUUUCUUUGUUACUUGGCGAUUGUCAUAAUUUCAAGGGUUUUUUCUUAUAAUCAAAGAACAUCACUGGCCAUCACAUGUGAUUAAAUUUAAGGUUGUCAGUGAUCAAAUUAGAAGCCUAUCAAUGGUUUAUUUUUCUUGUCUUGGAUUAGGGUAAUGUUUCUGGAACAACAAAAACAACAACAACAGGAAAUUGGUCAAGUUGAACCAGUAGAUUUACCCAAAACAAACAUGGUUACCUGCACUUGCCUUUAGUUAUUGGGCAAUUCCAGAAAAUAUCCAUACCCAACCACGGACGGCUUCCAUGUUUUAACCCCCCCUUGCCUUCGGAAAUUCCAAAAUGCGCUACCCCCCCAUGCCCUCAGAAUUCCAUAGUCGUGAACCCCCCCUCCCCUUCAGAAUUUCCGGGUUUUUUUGGAAGUACAUUUUCGACUUAGCAACGCCUAUAAGAACAAACGAACAUGAAUUUAUGCCUCCUCAAGGCUGUGAUCUAGCGGCGCCAGGUGACAAGCUUUACUCUUCAGUGACAAGAAAAACCUACGCUAGUUGCCAGGCCGUGCAAACUCCUUUUUAAGUCCGAAUUUGGCUAUAAAAAUAAACACCACUUAAGGUAAUUUUACUCCUCUUUGUUUUCUUGUGCUGUUUUGACGUUUACAAAGGAAAAUAGCUCAAACAGACUGUUAAAAUCUUUUGGCGGUCAAAUAUACCGUCGAGUCGUGUUGCGUCCUUUUAUACGUCAUGUAGUGCGCACGAAAAGCGUUCUAAUCUGACAGGCGUUCCUUGGAAGUGAGGGACUGGUGCGAGUUUUUUACUGUUUAUCGGACGGUUUCGGACGGGAGUAACAAGAAAUUUGCAAGGGGUAUUAAAAGAUACAUUUUCAGUUUUUAUUCACGUGACAAGAAAUUCAUCAAGGUAAAUGUGAAACCAACGUUUUACUGUUCACUUCUAUAAGUUAUGAGCGUAAACAUGUGUCUGAUCUAUCGAUGCUUGUCUUCUGCUUCCGCGGUCAUACGUUCGUGGUUUAUUUACAAACUACAAAAGUCCACAACAAUAGCGUUUUCCAGGAACUUACUCUACACUUUCUACUCCAGAAAUCCAACCUGUGGAAUUCCCCCAUACCUUCGGAUUUCAAAUCGUAAAUACCCCCCCAUGCCUUCAGAAUUCCAUAAUCGUGAAUCCCCCCUCCCCUUCGGAAAUCCUUAAAGCCAUCCGUGGUAUGGUAUGGAUAUUUUCUGGAAUCGCCCAUUCCAUGGUUAAGUCAACUUAAUCUUGAGUCCUUUCUUUAAGGAGUCAGUAUAAUGUGCUUUCAGGUGAUAGGCAAAGGUGCUGACGAGGCUGGUUAUGAAGAAAGAUAUCUCAUUGCUACUAGUGAACAACCAAUUGCAGCAUUUCAUCGUGAUGAGUGGUUAGCUGCUAAUGAGCUGCCCAAGAAAUAUGCAGGCUUCUCAACAUGUUUCAGACAGGAAGCAGGCUCACAUGGACGAGACACUCGUGGUAUUUUUAGGGUUCACCAGUUUGAAAAGGUUGGUGUUUUGUGUAAUACAGUAGAACCUCUCAUAAGCGACCACCCAAAAUGCCAAUGCUCAGCUAGCUUUAAAAGGUGUUUAUUAGCAAAAUGUCCGUGUGUAAAUGGGUUUCAGUAACUUAUUCUCAGACCCGGUUCAGACGCCAAACUUUUCAUGAGCCGAACCUAAUCCAAAUUAAGGCCGACCCAAAUUAUUAAGACCAGCUGAAUUGAUUCAGACACUUAUCUUAAUUGCAGCUGAACUAAGAUCAAAAGGCGAAAAAUACUCAUUUUGGUCAAACUGCUUACAAAAUAUGUCAUAGUAAUUUAUGCAUUAGGUUCAGUACAUGAAAAGUUCGGUGUCUGAAUCAAAUCCAUUCCAAAGUCGCUCCAAGGGCGAAAUUCCCAGCUGGGCUAGGCAAAAAGAACAGCUGAGCUGUUCCAAAUUGAAACAGGUGUUCUUAAUUGAUUCAGACGCCGAACUUUCCAUGUACUUAAUUCAAUGUAUUAGGUUCGGCUCAUGAAAAGUUUGGCGUCUGAACCGGGCCUUAGAUUCAUUUGUAUUACUUCCAAUGAUAGACCAUAAAUACUUGAUUGUUUUUUAAAUUGACACUUGCUGCCAGCUGGUUGCUGCACAUUAAUGUCUUUAAUUCAGCUGCUCUAUUUUUAAGAGAAAUAUUUUGUAACUGUGGAUUGUCUUCUUAUAGGUAGAGCAGUUUGUGAUCUGUUCUCCUCAUGACAACACUUCCUGGCAGCUUUUCCAUGAGAUGAUUGCCAAUGCUGAAGAGUUCAACCAAGCACUUGGGCUUCCAUACAGAAUAGUUAAUAUUGUGUCUGGUGAGUCACAUCAAACAAAUCUUUUAUGAUCCAGCAAAUUAAUAAAUAAAUAUAUUUGCUCAUAGUAUUAUGUAUUUUGGGCAAAUCACUUUGUCUUCAUCACUCCUGUUGUGGGGCUGGUAAGGGGACUAGUAAGCUCUGUUAUGGUAAAAUUUUGAACCGGCGACAUGACUUUUAAACAUUGUCAAAAGACUGAUGAAAUGCUAGUAAGCAACAUGGACAUUCACAAAUUCAUGGCCUCCUCCUCAAUACCCGGGGAGGAGACUUCCAUAUGAAAUGGGCAGGGAUGCUCGUCAGGAAUUUUGAAUUAAGCCCCUAAAGGAGACCAAUUUAUGCAUGGCCCAACCUUUUUUUGACCCCUAAAAGAGAUCAUUUUAAACUUUGAUUAAAUGAAUCGAGUAAAUAAAACGAGUUGAAAAUACAUAACUUUUUUUAUAUUUCUUCACAUGCAACCCUAAAAGAGACCUUUACUGUUAAAUAUAAUGGCGUUUUGAACAGAGCACCCUAAGUGAGACCAAAAUCCUAAACUUACACCCCUAAGUUAAUAGGGUGAUGAAAGGGGGUUAAAGAAUUAUCAAAUAAAUGUUAGUCCCUGAAAACUGUAAUUUGUUCUUGAAAAAUCCUUGGAAAGUUCUUGAAAUUUGUUUGUCUGAAGCUGUACCAUGUACUAACCCGCAUUUCAUUACUGCUAAUAUGUAUCCAAAGUGUGGAAUUAAGUGCUAAUUUUGCAACAAUAUCUUUAAGGAUGAUCUGGAAUUCUUUAUUGGUAUAAUCUUGGAUCAGGGUUGUUAUCGUUAUUGUUCCUGUACCCUCUUUCAAAUCAUGCUUUUACAUCGCAUAAGUGUCUAUUGUUAUUACACUGUUUUGUAGACAUUAUUAGGAAGUUGAUUACAGCUAUAACUAUUGGUGGUUACAUUUGACUGACAGGUGAACUCAACAAUGCAGCAGCAAUGAAGUAUGAUCUAGAGGCGUGGUUUCCUGGAAGUGGGGCUUUCCGUGAGUUGGUGUCCUGUUCGAAUUGCACAGAUUACCAAGCAAGAAGACUAAAAGUUCGCUUUGGUCAGACAAAGAAGAUGGGAGAAGGGGUAUGGCAUUAAUUUCUUUUCUUUGCUUCCUUGACGAUUCCUUCAUAAAAUAAUUAGCAUGUUUCUCUCAAAUUCCAUCUUCCCAGAAACCAAUACUAUUGUCACUUCAGCUUCAGUUUUUUUGUUUGGUACAUUUGUCACCUUUUAGAUAAUGCUCAAACAGAUGUCUGUUUUAGUAGCGAAAGGUGUAAAUGGCAGGUUGCAGUUUACAGGUUGGAGGUUGCAGGUCAGAAUUUCAGACAAGGUCACGCAAAAACCUGAAGUGGCGAAAAAAGGGCUCACAUACCUUUUUAAUCCCAGACCACCCCCAAGCCCCUGAAAUGAUAGAAAAAAAGAAGACGUAACCGUACUUUAAAGACCAGCACAGAUGAGGUCCCCUAGGUGUUGGCGUCACUGUAAAGACUUAGAACAACAAACCGUUCGAGUGUAACAGGAUCCAAAUAAAAUGCUCUUUUCCUAAUAAAGUGAAAAAAAAACGGAAAUGUCACGUGCAAACUGUAAGUGGGUGAGACCAGCCUUUACAGAAUUUUUCAAGCCCCAAAACUCCCAGAACUCAGAGUACCUUGAAAGAGCACCCCGUGGAAUUUAUAUAAACCAACCCAUCAAUGCCGAGAAGACCGUUAUCCGUUGUCUGCGACCGUAUUUCGAGAUGUAAAGUAAGUAAGUAAGUAAUUUUAUUUAACCACAUAUCGCAUAUGAGCGAUAGCUCGUUUAAAUGCAAAUGUGCCAUAAAAAUUACAACGUGAUAAUUUACAUAAUCUACAUGUACAAGUAAUGAAUAAAAAUAAGAAAUAGAAAAAUUAAACCAACAAAAAAAUAAUAAUAAUUUAAAAAGAGAAAAUAUUGGUAAUCAGAUUGUCUAUUUACAAAAUUCACAGCUGCAGUCAUACGAUGAAGACAACUGUAUGUUUUGUAAGUUUUUCCUAAAGAUAGAGAGGGACUCCGACAUCCUUAUUUUGUCUGGUAGAUUGUUCCAUUGUUUGCCAGCCUGGUACGUGAAAGAAUGUUGCAUAUAAAAUGAGGUCGGUCUUGGAAGAACAACCUUAAGAUGGCCCCGUAGGCUGUAACCAUUGCUUCGCAGUACCCGAAUGUAGUUCGGUGCCUGGUUAUAAAUGCUAUUGUAUACGAGUAUCAGUGCUUGUUCUAUGCGUCGAUGUUCCAAGCUUUUGAUAUGUACAGUUUUAAGUAGCUCUUCGUAAGCAGUCGAUUUAGAGUAGUUAAGAAGAGUCCUAAGAGCAAAUGCGUUGGUUGACUCUAGUUUUGCAGACAAACCUUUACUUAGACCUAUGAACAAUGGUGAUGCAUAUUCAAAGUGAGGCAGAAUAAAUGCUUUGUACAGUUUAAUCAUAAUAUCUGAGGGUAUAAGUUUACGAAUGCGACGAAGAAUUGAAACUUUUGUGUUCACUUUCCGGCAAAUUUCUUUAAUAUGUGCUUUAAAAGAGAGUGAAUUGUCGAUAAUUACACCAAGGAGCUUGAUCUGUGGAACGUAAUCCAGUUCAUUACUGUCAAUAACAAAGGGCGUUGGUAGAGUUGCUCUAUUGAAGACGAUGGAUUGAGAUUUACUAUGGUUAAUCGCCAGGAAGUUCUUACAAAACCAGGAAACGAGUAGACCAAGGUUGUUUUGUAGAUUUAUUUGCAAGGUGGAUGGACAUGGGCUUGAAGAGUAGCCCGUAGUGUCAUCGGCAUAGAAUCUUAAGGAGCACGAAAUAUCUGAAAAAUUCACAUCAUUCAUAUAUAUAUUGAAGAGAAGGGGGCCCAAGAUUGAACCUUGAGGAACUCCACACUUCAUAAUUUGCAGAUGUCCCCUUUAUAGUUCCAUUUCAGGGGUUCAGGGAACGUCUAAGAACAAAUUCUAGGGCUCGAGAAGGCAUAAAAGCACUAUUUUGGCCAACCUCGUUCCCAGGGUUCUCUCCUACCCGUCCCUACGGAGCGAGAGAGACAGGCAGGAAAGAGAACCUGGAAACGAGGUUGUAUUUUGACCCACUUCCAGUUGUUAUGGACACUUCCGGUCUCGAUGUGACCUUGUCAAACGCGGAAAUUCUGAUCUGCAACCUGCAACCCACAACGUAACCUGCGAUCAGGCUUUUUUCCUUCUUCGUUUUACAAGAAAGAGAGUAAAGGGAGAGCAUGAUCGCAGAGUACCUGCAACCUGCAAACUGCAAUUUACACCCUCCGUCUAAGUAGCUUAUGUCGAAAAAAUCAGCAGUUUCUUAUUUCGGAACAAGAUUCAUAGCGUUUUGGUUCACAGUGUCAAAAGGAUUAGUCGCAGUGUUAUUAGGAGUCAUCUGUUUGUGUUUCUUUUCCUUUCUUACAGACGGAAUAUGUUCACAUGUUAAACGCUACAAUGUGUGCUGUGUCAAGAACCAUUUGUGCGCUCCUCGAGAAUUACCAAACAGAAGAAGGAAUAGCUCUUCCUCCUGUCCUUAAACCACUUCUUCCCGAGGGCUUGGAUUUUCUUAAAUUUGUCAAAUCCGCACCGAUUGAGGAAAAACCAGAAGCUAAGAAGCAAAAAAAGAAGACAAAGAACAAACAGGGCCCUCAAAGUGAUACAUGUUUAGAAGCUAAAAUGGAAACCAUGGAUGUCAACAAAGAAUGAAUCAAGACCAGACUCGCACUUGUUAAUUGAAUCUGUGAUCGGUGUGAUCCGAUAAGUUAUGAGAAUAAAUUCGUUGUCGCUCUAGCUUUGAUUAUAAAAAUAGUCGAAGUAAAAAGUUAUAAAUAGCACUCUAUUAAGCCUCUUUAAGUUUUGGGUAGGAGAAAGGAAAUGCGUUAUCUUCGUCGCCGAAGCAUGCGCCCUUCUAAAAGGAACUGUUCUCCGCGUUCGCGUGUUUUCCUCUUUCAGAGCAAAAUGAGUUGACUGUUUUAGUUCAAUAGACAAGUGUAUUUACCGUGAGAUGAUAUAAUUUUAAUGGCUAUAAGUAUUUAGGUAAAUAUGAGGAGCUAAACGAUGAAGUGAACCACGGUGAGAGAGGUAGGAGUCAAUUAGAGAAUGCGUGCGUACUUUUCGCUUACGUUUGGUCUUGCUUGGCCCGCAACACGGGGCAUCGUAUCUAGAAAUUGUUGUCUUGAUCUAUCAACUUUCACCAGGAGCAAAGAAUUGUCGCAAGCCUCUAUUUCUCAUGAGUAGAAGUCUGAAUAAAGUAGCACAGCACUCUUUCAAGUCUUGUCUGACUUUAAAAAAAAGAAACGCACGAGACUUUUGUUCUCAGUUAUGCGGUUUACUUUACGGUUUAUCAUAUUAAUGCAUUGAGCAGACUAAACCAUUCGUAGAGCCUUGACUUGGAAAUCAGUGCACUAGAGGGUGAUGGAGGUUGGCCGCUGAAUAGAGGCUCGUCAGAAGUUAGCAUAACCUUUAGCCAAAACUUCACUUCACUUUGAGGAGCUUCAGACAACUUCCGCACAAAAGACAGCGGCUCUAUCACUCAACAAAACUACUAGAGUAUAUCCUAACAAACAAGCAAAUUCUCCUCAAAAUGUCGUGGUGAGGUUUUCCCAACUUUGCACAAACAAUUCUUCUGUUUAUACUAUGGCGUAAACUUGAUAAUGCAUCGGACUAAGGCGGCGAUGUCUGUAAUAGCCUGUGCCAGGCUCUCAGAUAGUAUAGUGCGGACGUAUUAAAACGAGCAAAGCGAGCGCGACCUUAGAAAGGGGGCGAUGGAGGCGAGAAAAAUGGGAGAGAGACGACGCCCUGUCUCUCCCCAGCUCCCGCGCGUUUUCGCAUUUCUUUUUACUGAACGAC